AUGGGGGAAUUGUUGCUCAGGUUUCUGCUACCAGCAGGUGGGAUGGAGGAGAGGAUACUGCAAGAGGCGCUAAUGCUGAAAUGCUUAAUAAGUGAAUGGAAUACAAUAUAA